CUUUCGUGGAGUGAUCAUCUGAAAAAAAAAAUAUAAAGUAAAGAAACCGGAGAAGUGCUGUUUUAUUCAUUCAUAUUAAUAUAUUUAAAGUGUAUAGAGAAGAAAAAAAAAAUAAGAAUAAGAAGAGAAAAAAAAAAGAAAUAAGGCAAGAAAAGGCAAUAUAUAGAAGAAAAAAAAUAUUUAUAGUGAGUCAGUGCGCGGAGAAGUCAAACCAUUUAUGGUUAUUUGUUGGUAAAAACAAGAUCGCAGUUCAUAAAAAAUAAAAUAAAAGUCAAUUUUGAAAUUGAUCGUCAAGUGCUGAUACAUAGAUCUACAAAGUGUGUGAAUAUCAUUAAAGCAUAUUUCAAUUAUUAACAUUGCCUUCGAAUUGAUAUAAGUAAUUUAUUGAAUGAUUAAUUAAAGUUUACGAUCAAUUAAUAAGCGUUUGUGUGAGAAAAAAAUUAUUAACUAUACAAAAAUGGUCAUAAAAAAGUCGAAAGUUACUAAUAAGAAUGAAGAGAUGAAAUCAAGUAUUUCGCAUUCGGUUGUGUCAUCGGGUGAAGUCAGAAGCUCCCCACAAAGUGGUGGGGUUAAAACAGUUACGGUAGCAUCACAACAAUUGCCAAUGCUACAAGAAAAAAUGGUUCAAAAGGAUAUUUCAAGUUCAGUGAUGAAAUCAUCAUCGUCCACAAAAGUCUCAUCCUCGUCACAAGAACAAAAGUUCUUUUCGAGUUCUACAUCAUCAUCGAGCAGCUCAAAGGCUUUAAAGUCUGGAAAAACUCAAUCUGAUGACUUUCUACGUGGCGAACGAAUGUUGACUGAUAUCGAUGCAAAACGAUCUAAUAAUGGAUCUGUAAUCAUCGAAUCAAUUGGUUUACAAGCAUCUUCAUCAAAUGCCCAAACAGAUUCUAAUCUCCAAAACUUAGUUUCUGUUGAAAUCGAAUCAAAAGAUUCAUAUGCCCAGCACAAAAGCUCUAGCACAAAUGAAUUUUACACUACCACACAUUCAACAUUUAGUAACAGCCACAGCGCAGAUCAAAAUAGAAAUGAUGUAAUCGCCGUUGAGAGUGGAAAAAGUAAUGAAAAAAAUUCAACUGUUGCAGUAUCAUCAGCAAGCGGAGAUCAGAGAAACGAAAAGUCAUUAAUUCAAGGCUCUAAUGUGUCGUCAUCAGCUACGUUUGAGGAAUUCUCUUCUUCUUCUAUGGCAUCGUCAAGCACUAAUAAUAAUGAGACAAAAGCGGCCUUCUCCAAAAAUGCCCAGUCGUCAAAGACCAUUAAAGGCACAGAUGGAAAAAGUGUAGCAGACACCACGACAACAUUCACAUCUAAAGUGUAUGACGACAAGUCAAAGACGUGGGUAGUUGUUGAGCAGUCAUCGGUUAAUGAAACCGAUAUUAUAUUGCCGGGUGUGAACUCAACAACACAAACAACAGCUAUAAAAUCUUCGUCAUCAAAUGACAAUAGAAACACAAUGUCAAUAAAUAGUAAUAAUUUAAAUACAGCAGCAACAACGUCCACAUCAUCAACAACCGGACAAAUUUCUUCCAAUAUUGACUCAAUGAAUAUGAAUAUUGACUCAACAACAAAUAUGUCAGUUGAUUCAUCAACCAUUAAUAAUAACAUGAUGCAGUCCAACACAAAAAUGACUUCAAAAUCAUCAAAAGAAGUUCUUGAGAAAAAUAUGAGUAGUAAGAAAGAAUCAAGUCGAAAUGAGAAAACUGUAUCAUCAACAUCUAAUGAAACAAUUCAAGUUUUUGACUCAAAAACUAAUACUUGGAUAAAUGUGGAUACGAAAAGCUUUGACAAACAGAAACGUCCUUCAUAUGUCCGAUAUCGUAGUCAAGAUGAAUCGGGAACAUGGCACACAAUCUAUAAGCGUAAAUUAUUUGAUGAAUUUAGCAAACAAUGGCGUAUUAUAGACGAAAAGGUUGUUUCAAACGAUGACACCACACAACGUGCAGAAUUUCCUGAAAUGAUCGAGAAUAUCGAGAAUUCCUCAAAUAUAACGACCACAACAUACACCACAAAGGUUUAUGAUACGAAAACAGGCAAAUGGACAAUCGUCGAGGAGAAAUCCUACGUUGAUUCUGAACCGGUUAAUGUGACACAGGACAUUAAACGAGAAAUUGAAAAAGAUCAACCUGACAUCGCGAACAUCAUCACCACAACUGAGACUACAAAAAUCUUUGAUGCAAGCACAAAUAAGUGGAAGCUUAUUGAUGAGAAGGAGCAUACAGAUUUUUAUGAGAAAAUUGUCGAACAUCCAGUUGAGGAUGACUUGAGAUAUCGAAAGAAUAUAAUCGAUGAAACUAAUAUCAUUAAUAAUCAAGAAAGGAACUUGCUCGAGGAGAAUUUAAGAGAAAAACAUAUUAAAACAACCGACAGUGUUGAUUUUAUUCGCAGCGAUCACUUGAUUGAUGAAAGUGUCUCAUCAUCGGAUUUAGUUAAUCAAGUUAUUGUUACUGAAGAUGUCAAAAGCAGGAAAGAUAAGAAUAGAAUCGAUAAGACCUUCCAUAGUGAGGUGACGAAUGUUCAUAAGGAACAGUGCAUAUGCGAAAUGUGUACAUGCGGACGACACAGAUGUCCUCAUGAACAACCAGAACAUCUCACAGUCGAAGGAGACUUUUAUGUUCCAGAAAAACCUCAAUAUCAGAUGGCAGAAAAGCCAAAACCAAUACGGCCAACGGAUAAUCUUAUAAUUGAGGGAACUUUUGAAGGAAAACGCAAAACAGAGGAUUAUAAAGUUGUACAAGUUGAGCGUUCACAAAUUAUUAGGCAUGAGGAUAAUUUACACAUAUCUGAUGGUCAGUUUUAUGGGCAAACAACAAGUAGGACUGAUUACCAGAGAGAAGUCGAAAAGAAUAAGCCUAUUAGACGAAACACAUAUACCAAAGAAGAAGUAGAAAAUUUGAAUUUCGAAACGACUGAAGUUUCAACAAUACGUCGAAGAACUUUUACAAAAGAAGAUUUUGAAGCAGCUAAACUUCCUCAGAAACCAGGAGAUUCACCUCUAAAAUACACAACAGUAGAAAGACCACAACAGAUAAAGCCUACAGAUAACUUACGACCAGAAGGAGAAUUCUAUUCUCCUCAGAAAGAAGAAUUUCGUCCAUCAGAAAGACCAAAACAAAUAAGACCAGUUGAUAAUCUAAAACAAGAUGGAGACUUUUAUCAGCCAAAGAAAGACGACUUUGUUCCUGCAGAACGACAGCAACCUGUAAAGCAUAGUGAUAAUUUGAAACCUGAAGGAGAUUUCUACACACCAGAAAAAACUCAAUUCAGACCAGCUGAAAAGGUUACUCAAAAGAGACCAGUUGAUAAUUUAAAACCAGAGGGACAAUUCUAUGCACCAUCAAAAGAAGAUUUUGUUCCUGCUGAUCGUCAACAACCUGUGAGACAUGGUGACAACCUAAAGCCAGAAGGAAAAUUCUAUACUCCCGAAAAAACUCAGUUCACACCUGCUGAUCGUCAACAGCCAGUCAAACAUGAUGAUAACUUGAGACCCGAAGGAGAAUUCUUCACACCAGAAAAAACUCAGUUUAGGCCUGCUGAAAAAGUAACUCAAAAAAGACCAGUUGAUAAUUUGAAAUCAGAGGGACAAUUUUAUGCACCAACAAAAGAAGAGUUUGUUCCUGCUGAUCGUCAACAGCCUGUGAGACAUGAUGAUAACUUGAGACCAGAAGGAAAAUUUUAUACUCCCGAAAAAACUCAGUUCAAGCCUGCUGAUCGUCAACAACCAGUCAAACAUGAUGAUAACUUGAGACCCGAAGGAGAAUUUUAUACUCCAGAGAAAACUCAGUUCAGGCCUGCUGAAAAGGUUACUCAAAAAAGACCAGUUGAUAAUUUGAAAUCAGAGGGACAGUUCUAUGCACCAAUAAAAGAAGAUUUUGUUCCUGCUGAUCGACAACAACCUGUGAGACAUGAUGACAACCUAAAGCCAGAAGGAAAAUUCUAUACUCCUGAAAAAACUCAAUUCAAGCCUGCUGAUCGUCAACAACCAGUCAAGCAUGAUGAUAAUUUGAGACCUGAAGGAGAAUUCUACACUCCAGAAAAAACUCAAUUCAGACCUGCUGAAAAAGUAACUCAAAAAAGACCAGUUGAUAAUUUGAAAUCAGAGGGACAGUUCUAUGCACCAACAAAAGAAGAGUUUGUUCCUGCUGAUCGUCAACAGCCUGUGAGACAUGAUGAUAACUUGAGACCAGAAGGAAAAUUCUAUACUCCCGAAAAAACCCAGUUCAAGCCUGCUGAUCGUCAACAACCAGUUAAACAUGAUGACAAUUUAAGACCAGAAGGAGAAUUCUACACUCCAGAAAAAACUCAGUUCAGGCCAGCCGAAAAAGUAACUCAAAAAAGACCAGUUGAUAAUUUGAAAUCAGAGGGACAAUUCUAUGCACCAACAAAAGAAGAAUUUGUUCCUGCUGACCGUCAACAACCUGUGAGACAUGAUGACAACUUGAAACCAGAAGGAAAAUUCUAUACUCCCGAAAAAACUCAGUUCAAGCCUGCUGAUCGUCAACAACCAGUCAAGCAUGAUGAUAAUUUGAGACCCGAAGGAGAAUUCUACACACCAGAAAAAACUCAGUUCAGACCUGCUGAAAAAGUAACUCAAAAAAGACCAGUUGAUAAUUUAAAAUCAGAGGGACAAUUCUAUGCACCAACAAAAGAAGAAUUUGUUCCUGCUGACCGUCAACAACCUGUGAGACAUGAUGACAACUUGAAACCAGAAGGAAAAUUCUAUACUCCCGAAAAAACUCAGUUCAAGCCUGCUGAUCGUCAACAACCAGUCAAGCAUGAUGAUAAUUUGAGACCCGAAGGAGAAUUCUACACACCAGAAAAAACUCAGUUCAGACCUGCUGAAAAAGUAACUCAAAAAAGACCAGUUGAUAAUUUAAAAUCAGAGGGACAAUUCUAUGCACCAACAAAGGAAGAUUUUGUUCCUGCUGAUCGUCAACAGCCUGUGAGACAUGAUGAUAACUUGAGACCAGAAGGAAAAUUCUAUACUCCUGAAAAAACUCAGUUCAAGCCUGCUGAUCGUCAACAGCCAGUCAAGCAUGAUGAUAAUUUGAGACCCGAAGGAGAAUUCUAUACUCCAGAAAAAACUCAGUUCAGACCUGCUGAAAAAGUAACUCAAAAAAGACCAGUUGAUAAUUUGAAAUCAGAGGGACAGUUCUAUGCACCAACAAAAGAAGAUUUUGUUCCUGCUGAUCGUCAACAGCCUGUGAGACAUGAUGAUAACUUGAGACCAGAAGGAAAAUUCUAUACUCCAGAAAAAACUCAGUUCAAGCCUGCUGAUCGUCAACAGCCAGUCAAACAUGAUGACAAUUUAAGACCAGAAGGAGAAUUCUACACUCCAGAAAAAACUCAAUUCAGACCUGCUGAAAAAGUAACUCAAAAAAGACCAGUUGAUAAUUUGAAAUCAGAGGGACAAUUUUAUGCACCAAAAAAAGAAGAUUUUGUUCCUGCUGAUCGUCAACAGCCUGUAAGACAUGAUGAUAACUUGAGACCAGAAGGAAAAUUCUAUACUCCCGAAAAAACUCAGUUCAAGCCUGCUGAUCGUCAACAACCAGUUAAGCAUGAUGAUAAUUUGAGACCUGAAGGAGAAUUCUACACUCCAGAAAAAACUCAAUUUAGACCUGCUGAAAAAGUAACUCAAAAAAGACCAGUUGAUAAUUUGAAAUCAGAGGGACAAUUCUAUGCACCAACAAAAGAAGAUUUUGUUCCUGCUGAUCGUCAACAGCCUGUGAGACAUGAUGAUAACUUGAGACCAGAAGGAAAAUUCUAUACUCCCGAAAAAACUCAGUUCAAGCCCGCUGAUCGUCAACAACCAGUUAAGCAUGAUGAUAAUUUGAGACCCGAAGGAGAAUUCUACACACCAGAAAAAACUCAAUUCAGACCUGCUGAAAAAGUAACUCAAAAGAGACCAGUUGAUAAUUUAAAAUCAGAGGGACAAUUCUAUGCACCAACAAAAGAAGAAUUUGUUCCUGCUGAUCGUCAACAGCCUGUGAGACAUGAUGAUAACUUGAGACCAGAAGGAAAAUUCUAUACUCCCGAAAAAACUCAGUUCAAGCCCGCUGAUCGUCAACAACCAGUUAAGCAUGAUGAUAAUUUGAGACCUGAAGGAGAAUUCUACACUCCAGAAAAAACUCAAUUCAGACCUGCUGAAAAAGUAACUCAAAAAAGACCAGUUGAUAAUUUGAAAUCAGAGGGACAAUUCUAUGCACCAACAAAAGAAGAUUUUGUUCCUGCUGAUCGUCAACAGCCUGUGAGACAUGAUGAUAACUUGAGACCAGAAGGAAAAUUCUAUACUCCCGAAAAAACUCAGUUUAAGCCCGCUGAUCGUCAACAACCAGUUAAGCAUGAUGAUAAUUUGAGACCUGAAGGAGAAUUCUACACUCCAGAGAAAACUCAGUUUAGACCUGCUGAAAAAGUUACUCAAAAGAGACCAGUUGAUAAUUUAAAACCAGAAGGAGACUUUGAAAAAAGAACAAGACAAGAAUUUCAAACUGUGGAGAGAGUUACGCAAGUUCGUCAUGAAGAUAAUUUGAAAGUGGAAGGAUCAUUCUAUACUCCAGAUAAGCCUCAAUUCAAACCUGCUGAAAAAGUUACUCAAAAGAAGCCAGUUGAUAAUUUGAAGCCUGAAGGAGAAUUUUAUAAACCAGAAAAGGAUGGGUAUAGUCCAGCUGAACGUCCUACUCAAAAGAAACCAAUUGACAAUCUCAAACCAGAAGGAGAUUUUGAAAAACGACCAAAAUCAGAAUUUAAACCAAGCGAAAAGGUUACCCAAAUUCGUCAUGAGGAUAAUUUGAAAGUUGAAGGAACAUUCUAUACUCCAGAUAAGCCUCAAUUUAAACCUGCUGAGAAGGUUACUCAAAAGAAACCAGUUGAUAAUUUGAAGCCUGAAGGAGAAUUUUAUAAACCAGAAAAGGAUGGGUAUAGUCCAGCAGAACGUCCUACUCAAAAGAAACCAAUUGACAAUCUCAAACCAGAAGGAGAUUUUGAAAAGAGAACAAGACAGGAGUUUCAAACUGUGGAGAGAGUUACGCAAGUACGUCACGAAGAUAAUUUGAAAGUGGAAGGAACAUUCUAUACUCCAGAUAAGCAUCAAUUCAAGCCUGCUGAGAAGGUUUCUCAAAAGAAACCAGUUGAUAAUUUGAAGCCUGAAGGAGAAUUUUAUAAACCAGAAAAGGAUGGGUAUAGUCCAGCUGAACGUCCUACUCAAAAGAAACCAAUUGACAAUCUCAAACCAGAAGGAGAUUUUGAGAAGCGAACAAAAUCAGAAUUUAGACCAGUAGAAAAGGUUACACAAGUUCGUCAUGAAGAUAAUUUGAAAGUGGAAGGAACAUUCUAUACUCCAGAUAAGCAUCAAUUCAAACCUGCUGAGAAAGUUACUCAAAAGAAACCAGUUGAUAAUUUGAAACCCGAAGGAGAAUUUUACAAACCAGAAAAGGAUGGGUAUAGUCCAGCAGAACGUCCUACUCAAAAGAAACCAACAGACAAUUUGAGAAUGGAAGGUUCAAUGUCUGUCACAAAGAGAAAUGAAUAUGGUCAAAAUGUAGAAAAUACAUCAACAACUCACGUUAGAGGAAAGCAUACAUCAACUGUAAAGUCCUCAAUAGUUUUGGGCGAAGAUUCAUCAGUAAUGAGAACAACGAAUCAAAUAAAUUAUAAUAAAGUAAGACGUACAGAUGAAGUGAUGGAAAAGGCUCCAAUGAAAGAGGAUGAUAUGAAACGUGAUGGCGCCAUUAUGGUAACAACCAAGAAAGUCACAACAGUUCUUAAAACACCUGGCGACAAGAACAAAGUUGUUGGUGGUCGAAAGAAUAUGUCAAGUAUUUCAUUUGACAAUGAAAAUGAAAAUAUUGUGAUAAAUCGUCAGAGUAAAGUUAAUGUUAUUAACAAUGUUAAGGAUAAUAAAGUAAUAAGAGAUAGCUCUCUAAUGUCACAGACAUCUGAAAAGGUCGUGAAUGGAGUCAAAUCAUCUUCAAUUACAAACGGUGAAGCGCGACAUUCAGUACAUUCUUCUCAAAUAACUGGUGCGAAUAUACAAUCAUCAUCUAUUAAACAAUCAACGUCUUCGUCACAUCUAUCAACGUCACAAAAUAUCUCAAAUGAACAACACAUUCAUAAUCAAAGUUCUUCCAAUAUUAAUCAACGACAAAUACAAAAUCAGAAUACUUCAACUGUUCAUCAGCAGCAGCAGCACAUUAAUAAUCAAAAUAUUUCGAAUGUUAACCAACGACAUUUACAAAAUACUUCAAAUGUUCAUGACCAGCACAUUCAUAAUCAAAAUGUCUCAAAUGUUCAACAACAAAACAUUAAUAAUCAAAAUGCUUCAAACAUUCAUCAGCAGCACAUUAGUAAUCAGAAUAUCUCAAACGUUAAUCAACAGCACAUUAAUAAUCAAACGUCUUCGAAUAUCAAUCAACGACAACUACAAAGUCAAAAUGCUACAAAUAAUCGAAAUAUUUCAAAUAUUAACAGUCAACAAACAGACAUGACAUCGACAUCACAAUCUUCUGUGACAAAACAAUGUCAGUCUACAGCAGAGUCCCAUCAACACCAUCGCAAGAGUGUGAUAACGGAAUCAUCAGAGCAAAUGACGAAUGCAAUUUUGACACGCAAAACAGAUCGUCAAAGUGACAUGGCGAAUACAAAGGGCUUAAGUGUUACUGGUGCACAACAACGUAAGAGUAUCAGCAAUUUACAUGAACAGUCACAAUAUUCAUCAAAUGCUCAAGGAAUAGAUCGUAAAAGUUUGAGUUAUAUGCAUAGAACAAGUGGAGGUGGAUCAGCUGAACAUUAUCAUUCAACAGAAUGUCAAUUACAUCCACAACAGUCAUCAACAAGAUCUUCGUCUAAUUCCUAUCAAAUUAUUCAAGGACAAGAUGUUCAUGGCGGAACACAUGGAGGAUCACAUAGCCGAAGCAGUGAAGUUAGAAAUUAUGAGAAGUCAUCAGGAGGUCAACAGCUUUCAAAAAAUACACAAUCAUCAAUAAGUUUUGAUCAAGCUGAUUCUAGAGCCUAUCAAUCAGAAUCGUCACAAAGGCAAAUGUCGUCUAGUUCAGUAACAAGAAACAUGUCGUCAUCAGCUAUUGGCUCGAAUUCACAAUCAAUGUCAUCAGAAUACAGAAUCCUCGGUUCUCCAUCAAAUCAAACAUCAUCAACAGUUACAUCAACAAGAGUAACACCAGUUGCUGGAGCUUCCUCUGUUCAUCUUGCAAAUCAAAAUCGAACAGUUCGACGACACCAAGGAAAUUCCUCAAAUAUAGUCUUUGGAUAUGAUAAUAACGCCUCAUCCCAAUCAAGAUUCUCAUCAACAUCACGCAGAGAAUAUGUUAAAGAUUCCUUUAAACCAUGUCCCGCAAGUCAUUUAGAUCAUAAUCAUCUAAAGCAAACUAGAACCACUAAAUCGCACCAGUUUUAUCUCCGAGAAGAAUGAAUAAAAAAAUUAAUAUAUUUUUGACAUUAUUUUUAAUUUUAUUUGUGAACUAAUAAAUUAACCAAUAAAAAUUAUAUAUUUUGCUAAUAAUUUCAUUAUACUGCAUGCCAUUACUGUCAAUUAACAAAUCAGUCAUAAAUAACAAAUUAACAGAGAAAAAUUAUAUUUUUUUUUAUCAUUUUGGAUUAUUUUUCUUUAUGUAUUCAAGCAAUGUAUGAAGGAUUCAAUAAAAAAUAUUUUAAACUUUAAUGAA